CCCCCGAUCCAAACACCAACGCACUAGUCCACUGCGCCACAGCCUCCCCCUUUUAAAGUGUGAUAUAGAAUAAAGGAAUAGAAGGUUUCAUUAUUUGAUGUUCAGAGAGUAAGCUUCAGUGUGAAAGAUACACAGUUUGAGCAUGUCUAUUAGUCUGUUUCUGGAUAUGUGUCUGUUUUGAACCUGCAGGUCUCCAGCCAUGGCGGGGGGGCUCUUUGCUAUAGAGAGAGACUUCUUCUUUGAGCUGGGUCUGUAUGACCCAGGGCUUCAGAUAUGGGGAGGAGAGAAUUUUGAAAUAUCAUACAAGAUCUGGCAGUGUGGUGGCAAGCUGCUGUUUGUACCCUGCUCUCGUGUCGGCCAUAUCUACAGACUUCCGGGUUGGCAAGGCAACCCUCCCCCUGCACAUGUCGGAUCCUCACCUACUCUGAAGGUAGAGUGGCUCACGCUUUGAAACUCCGUAC